AUGCGGACGCUGCUCGUCCUGGCGUGCCUCGUGGGGGUGGCCUGCGCGUUCUCGGUCAAGAGCUGGCUGCGGCGUGUCAAGCCGGAUGACUCGGAGGAAAAUGCGGUUUUGAAGAGCAGGCAUCGGUACUAUCUGUACAGGUACGCGUAUGCGUACCCUCCGCAGAGGCGGUAUCGGGGCAGUGACUCAUCAGAAGAAGAAGGGGACGGCUCUGAGGAGGAGGACGAGGAGGACUGCAAUGGCCAGGUGGGAACCAGCACAGGCAAAUCUUCUGGCAAGGGUGGUAAAGGUGAGGACUCUGAAAACGAAGACAGUGAUGAGAACGAGGAGGAGGAGGAGGAGGAGGAAGAGAACGAGGAGGAGGUAGAGGAGAACGGGCAGGGAGUUAACGGCACGAGCACCAACACCACCGCAGAAGGAGAGAGCACUCAUGGCAAUGGCACCGCCGCAGCAGAGGAAGGCAAUGGCACAGCUGGUGAGGAGGAGGAGGAGGAGGAAGCAGAAGAAGAGGAGGAGGAGGAAGGGGAGGAGGAAGAGGAAGAAAGCGAAGCGACAACCGCCAUCAGCACGACCGUUAACGAGGGGCUUUCUGCCACAACCACCCCGGGAGACACGAGCUCCCCAGACACCACCACAGCGGCUGAUGACCAGUGGGAGUAUGAGAUGACAGUCAGCGGCAUAGAGCGCCACACUGGCGACUACAACUAUGGCCAUGAAGGGGGGGACGCCCGCGGGGACAGCUACCGGGCCUACGAGGAUGAGUACAGCUACUACAAGGGGCACGGCUAUGAUGUUUACGGUCAAGAUUACUACUACAGCCAGUGA